AUGCCCGCGUCACAAACACCAACACUCCAAUACACCAAAAAAGCGUCGUCCUCGUCUUCAUCUAUAACAGGAGUCGGGAUAGUCUCAACGCUACAAGACAAUCAACAACAAAUCCUCACGAAGUUCAGAGAUUCUCUUCCCGAACUUCUAUCCACUAAAGACAUUUCCGCGUCCGAGCAUGCAGCAGCACUAAAAUUUCUAAUGAGCGAUACCGCGCUCUAUUGUUACCUACAAGGAAACAGAUGGAACCUGGCGGAUGCGCAGAAACAGUGGUUAAAGAGUGUGGAAGUUUUGAAUCAUAAGGCGGGAGUAAAGUUGUUGGUUUUUAUGCUCGAAACAGCAAUAAAAAUAAUGCCGGAGCACAUUCAUCAAGUAGUAAUAAUAAUGGAUUUUACGCUAUACAAUCAAGCGCAAUCAACCCCGAUCCCUGUUGCUCUCGAGACCAUACAAAUUUUAACAACACACUACCCAGAACGAUUGGCACGUGCGUAUUUGGUAAAUGCGCCAUUCAGUCUACGCAUGUUCUUAAAAAUAGUAUGGCCAUUCCUUGAUGAGAUGACGCGUAAUAAAAUACAAUUUGUUAGCGCUCCUGGGAAACAAAACCAAGACAUGAAGGAGGAGGUGGGUGAAAAUGGGGAAAACAUGCAGCAAGACUCAAAAACUGUCGCGGUUGUUGAUCCGUUAAUUAGUGACUGGAUCAGUCUGGAUAUGUUGGAGAUAACUUACGGGGGAACUUUGGAUUUUGAUUAUGAGCAUCAAGUUUAUUGGAAAAGUGCUCAGGAAUUGGGAAUCGUUUGA